AUCUUCAUAUUACAAACAGAGCAUAAGGUGUAAAAUAAUAACAGCCUUGACACAUGGUGUGACGUAACAUGUUUAGUAAACGAAUCCCCAUGAAAUAUAACAACACUUAAAAAACAAUAUCUCACCAGAGAAGACGGAUACUGUGUUGAUUUUUUUUUCAAGGUCAGACUCGACAGAUCGUACAAACUUUUGUAAUAUAUGAACUAUUAAGAUCCGGAAACUUUAAAUGAUAACAUAUAAUACUCAGUUUAGAAAAUACUGUUAUCUCGAGGAUAUUUUAUAAUAAACUGAAAUCGUGAAAAUAAAGAAGAACUUUAUAACAGAAACAGUGCGUUACAAUCACCAGAAUGCGAAGGUGUGGACUCCUUUUGUGGUUAUCAGUGUUAAUGACACUGACCACAUCAGUACUGUGUCUAUCCUAUGCCAUGAGGAAGGUAGCCUUUGCUACAAACCAGCUAGGAAUGGACAUUUUGAGGACGAUGGAACAAGAGGUCAACGGCAGUAAUGUGGCAUUUAGUCCAUUAAGUAUUAGUACGACUCUGGCUGCAGUAAUGAUAGGCUCACGUGGAAAUUCCAUUUUGACGCUUCGUCAUGCCCUCUAUCUUUGGGGAAUGCAUCCUCAACAGAUACAUGAGGCUUUUCACGACCUGCUUCUUCACCUCGCAGACAAUCUUCAAGCCUCUUUGGUCCAUCGAUACAAUAGCCAUAGGUUUAGGUCUUCUUUUCGUCAAGAUGACACAAAUGGUCUACUGUUUUAUAGUUCUCUAUACGUCCAAAGGGACUAUAGCAUCAGCUACCCGUUCCAGGUUUUCCUCCAUAAGUAUUACAACAUAACAGCUCAUUCCGUGGAUUUCUGUAGAAAUGGAGAGGAGACAAGAAAUCACAUAAACGCCAUUGUAGCCAAAGAAACAGCUAGUAAAAUUAUGGAUAUUCUUCCUGACCUCCCAGAGAAAACUACUAAUAUGCUAUUCUUGAGCGGAGUCUACUUUCAAGGGUUGUUGAACAUGAAGAUAUCUAUCACUGACGAUUCGUCUUCAGGAGACGUCCCUCCCGAGUUAGAAAUCAACAGCAUUGGCUACAGUAAUGGCCCAGUACUGAUGGAAGCCAAGAAUGCCCGAGUACGAUACGGUGUGGAUAGUUACCUCAACUGCACAGCCAUAGAAGUUCCUCUCAAGGGUGGUUUUCUGUCAAUGUUAAUUCUCCUUCCUGUGGAUCCAGAAGGAAUGUCGCUAUUGGAAACAAGACUCUCUGCUCAGCGCCUCAGUGACUUCAUGUUUAGCAUGGCAGUCAAAAGGAUAAAUCUUCAGAUGCCUCGUAUAAGUUUAGAAGAUACCUACCAAAACUUUUCACAAAUCCUCAGCUCUAUGGGACUCGCUGACGUCUUCACACCCGGGUAUGCUAACCUGUUCGGCAUCAGCCCCUUCCGAUGGCUGCACGUGACGGACAUCAUCCAUAAGACAAAAAUAGAGAUUAAAGAAGAUGAAAGUGAUAUGAGAACUGAAACUUCUGAAGACGAUGAGGCGAUUGACUUGAAACUCGACAGGCCUUUUCUGUACUUCAUCAUGGAUAGCAUUAGUGGUUUAGCUAUAGUAUUAGGUAAAUUCUCUAAAUAAUUGGA